AUGGAUACAGUUAUGACUACAGUUAAUUCUGCUUCUGCUCAAUUGAGCAUGAUUCCAAUGUUGAAUGGGACAAACUAUGUCACAUGGAAAGAGACUGUUGAGAUUGUUCUUGGGUGCAUGGAUCUUGACCUUGCGCUAAGGAAAGAGCAACCAGUUCCCACUACGGAUGAUCCGAAAACGGAUCAAAUUGAUAAGUGGGAACGCUCUAAUCGCAUGUGUAUGGCGAUCAUGAAGCGAACGAUCCCAACUGGCUUUCGGGGCUCCAUUGCUGAGAGCACAAGUGCCAAGAAGUGCCUCUCUGAAAUUGAGCAAUAUUUUGCUAAGAAUGAGAAAGCGGAAACGAGUAAUCUUCUGUCAAAACUCGUGACCAUGAAGCAAACUUAA